AAUCUCUGGGCUCUGACACCAACUAAUCAGAUUAUGAAGAUUCAGUAAUGCAGUCUUAAUGACGAGUAAGAUGGAAACACCCUUUUAUCAUGACGACACACCAGACGUUCCUAAUUUUGGACAAAUGACAGAUUACGACCGAUACCAAGGCCACAAGAUGAUGAGCAAAAAGAACAUGGCGGCACACAAUUUUCCUGGCGCGGUUGGGGGUACGUCCGGGGUGAAGCUCCUUCAGAGCCAAGCUGGGAGCAAUGGAAAUAUUAAUCCCAACAACCUGGGAAUGAACAGCAAUCCAAAUGGUUCCCUCAUGGCCACGUCAGACAUGAACCUUCUAAAGCUCUCGUCUCCAGACCUAGAGCACUUGAUCAUUCAGUCCAAUCAGGGGCUGGUCACUACGAGCCCGGCACCCAACGCCUCCGGAAACCCUUUCAUGUACAGGAACCAGGCCACCAAUGAACAGGAGGGCUUCGCUGACGGAUUCGUGAAAGCUCUGGCCGACCUCCAUAAACAGAACCAGCUGGUUGGAGCUCCCAUGUCUCCUUCCUCCUCGUCCAUCCAAGGGCCGUAUCAGAGGAAUCUCAUGUCCGCUGGGGAGAUGCCCAUCUACACCAACCUGAGUAGCUACAGUUCCAACCAACUGGCUGUGUCCUCCAGCUACACAGGGGGCCAGAUACCCUACACGUCUGCCGGGCACGCACCCUCUCACAGCAGUCAGGCUCAGGGGCAUCAUCCCCACGGCCGAGGUCUGGAUGCUCCACAGACCGUUCCUGAAGUCCCCCACCCGCCGGGAGGUGACCCCACCAGCUCCCCACCCUCCCUCUCCCCAAUCGAUCUGGAAACCCAGGAGCGGAUCAAGGCAGAGCGGAAGAAACUGCGGAACCGCAUCGCGGCAUCCAAGUGCCGCAGGAGGAAGCUGGAGAGGAUCUCUCGGCUGGAAGAGAAGGUGAAGGUGCUGAAGACGCAGAACUCUGACCUGGCGUCCACCGCUAGCAUCCUGCGUGAGCAGGUGGCCCAACUCAAACAGAAAGUCAUGAAUCAUGUGACUAACGGGUGCCAAAUCGCAGUCAACUCAGCCAGCAUGGCCAAGAGCAGCGAAAGCAGCAACUGCUGAAACAACACAGA